UUCAGCGGCGACAUUAAUGUCUAGAAAACAAAGAAUGAGAGAGAGGGGUGGGGGGAGAGAGAGAGAGAGCGAGAGAGGGAGAGGUGCACUCAUGUUGUCCGGGUCAGAGCCGGAACACAAGAACUGGAUCAAACCGGAAAAGUCAGAGAAUCUUUUCAUGUUUUUAUCAAAGAGUCAAAGUUCCUGCUCGUAGCUCUGUUAGCUCCGUUAGCUGUUAGCGCUGUAGCUGUUACCGGGUCAUUACACCCGGGAUAUUCUUUGACUCUGGUCUAACUUUAGUUUGUUUCACUGACUCAACUUUUUAUUUAUGUUUUAUCUGUGAAGAGCGGAAGCUGUUAGCAGCGGUGGAUACAAGCUAGCGGCAACUUAACGGAAGCUUUAGCGGCUUUUACCGGCGAGAAGUGACGGUGUCAUGUCCCGAGAAACUGAACUGUGAAACUAUCAUCAACCGAUCAGUCUUCCUGCAGCAGGUGGAGCUUCACACAUAAAGGUCAUGUUGUUUCCAUGACAACAACCCCUGCUGCUCUCAGUGGACCAGUCCAGGACCUGGUUCAGUUUGGACUCCUCCCCCUCCUCCUGUGACACGUUGCUGCUUCUCUCCUCUGAUUGCCUGUGACCCGUCUGUAAUCAUGUCCCUGACAUGUCACAAGCUGGGGCGGAGCUCCAGACUCAGGAAGUUGGCGGCCGUGAUGGUCGCCGCCUACACCCUCAAAAAACUGUCCCCUUAUGUGUGGAGGAGGAUACUGGGAACUGCAGCAGGUAAACAUCUGGGUGGAGCUAACCUCACUGGGGGUGUUGUCACUUCUUCCUCCAGCUCAGUAGAAAAUGGCAGAGUGAAGAAGAAACGUGACAGCAGGUCUCCAUCAGUGAACAGGGAGUUUGUCGUCAGAGUGUUUCGUCUGUUGAAGCUCUUGUUUCCACAGUUACUGUGUCCAGAGGUUGGACUGUUGGUUCUGCAUUCUAUCACUCUGAUGUCCAGAACCUUCCUGUCCAUCUACGUGGCUACUCUGGACGGUGCGAUCGUCAGGUGUAUCGUACAGAAGGAUCCGCAGUCGUUCAUCCUUCAGCUCGCCAAGUGGCUCCUCGUCGCCGUUCCCGCGACAUUCAUCAACAGCGCCAUUCGCUUCCUGGAGGGUCAGCUGUCUCUGAGAUUCAGGAGCCGCCUGGUUAGCCACGCCUACCAGCUGUACUUCACCAACCAGACGUAUUACCGUGUCAGUAACAUGGACACUCGUCUGUCCAACCCUGACCAGUCCCUCACUGAGGACAUCGUCAUGUUCUCCGCCUCCAUCGCUCACCUGUACUCCAACCUGACCAAACCAAUCCUGGACGUGGUCGUCACCUGCUACACCCUGCUACGCACCGCCCAGUCUAAAGGAGCUAACACCACAUGGCCGUCAGUCAUCGCUGGCCUGGUGGUGGUGCUCACCGCCAAAGUGCUGCGAGCUUUCUCGCCUCGAUUUGGAAAACUUGUCGCUGAGGAGGCGAAGAGGAAAGGAGAUCUGCGCUACAUGCACUCACGCAUCAUCGCGAACUCUGAGGAGAUCGCAUUCUACGGAGGACACAAGGUGGAGAUGUCCCAGCUGCAGCGCAGCUACUCGUCUCUGUCGUCUCAGAUUCAUCAGAUUCUGCUCAAGCGUCUCUGGUACGUGAUGUUGGAACAGUUCCUCAUGAAGUACGUUUGGAGCGCGUCCGGCCUGGUGAUGGUUGCCGUGCCGAUCAUCACUGCCACAGGAUACUCCAAAUAUGACUCAGAGGAGGUGAAACAGGCGGCCAUGUUGAUGAAGGAGGAGGAUCUUGUGAGUGACAGGACGCAGGCGUUCACCACGGCCAGGAACCUGCUCAACGCUGGAGCCGAUGCGGUGGAGAGAAUCAUGAGCUCCUACAAGGAGGUAACAGAGUUGGCGGGUUACACAGCUAGAGUCUCUGAGAUGUUUGACGUGUUCGAGGAUGUGAGUCAGGGGAUCUUCCGUCGCUCUGUGGACAGAGAGGAGGAGUCACCAGCAGGGGGCGGAGCUUUGGUUAGACACGGUCAUCGUGUCAGUGGACGUCUGGAGAUCAGAGGUCAUGUGAUCAGUGUAGAGAAAGGCAUUCGCUGUGAGAACCUGCCAAUCAUCACACCAACAGGAGAUGUGGUGGUGACAAGUCUCAACAUCCAGGUGGACGAGGGCAUGAACGUCCUGAUCACAGGUCCAAACGGUUGUGGUAAAAGUUCUUUGUUCAGGAUCCUCAGUGGACUGUGGCCCGUCUACGGAGGAGUUCUGUACCGACCAGAACCAGAACACAUGUUCUACAUCCCUCAGAGGCCCUACAUGUCAGAGGGGACCCUGAGGGACCAGGUGAUUUAUCCAGACUCUGUGGAUGACAUGAUUCACAGAGGAGUCAUUGAUUCUCAUUUGGAAGACAUUCUGAAGACGGUUCACCUGCUCUACAUCCUGGACCGAGAAGGAGGUUGGGAGGCGGUCAGUGACUGGCGGGACGUCCUGUCAGGAGGAGAGAAGCAGAGGAUGGGAAUGGCUCGUAUGUUUUAUCACUGCCCUCGCUACGCUCUGCUGGACGAGUGUACGAGCGCCGUCAGCAUCGACGUGGAGGGAAACAUCUUCCAGGCUGCAAAGGAUGCUGGGAUAGCUCUGCUGUCAAUCACACACAGACCAUCUCUGUGGAAGUAUCACUCUCACCUGCUGCAGUUUGAUGGAGAAGGUGGAUGGAGGUUUGAGCCUCUGGAUGCCUCCACCCGUCUGUCUUUGCAGGAGGAGAAGCAGCGUCUGGAGAACCAGCUCUCUGGAAUCCCUAAGAUGCAGCAACGACUGUCGGAGCUGUGUGUGCUGCUGGGUGAGAGAGAGGGUGAGGGAGAGGGGGAGGAGCCAGAGGAGAGGACACAUGAAGAGGAUUAAUUCUCAUGAGUUUUCCGCUGGUUACCAUGGAAACACUCAGCAAAGACCAUCAUGGGACUGUAAGUGAUGUGAAGCUGGACUGAACCAGAACCUUGAUCCGACAUAAGUCACAUGACUUAGAAUGUGAGGUCAAAGGUCAUGUGAUUUUUAACCUGUGCAAUGUUUAACCUGAUAGAAAAUAUAAUAAUCAAUCAGCUGAUCAAUAAAGAUGAAGAAUGUCCUGAG